CUCUCAUCUUGUCGACUAUUGACUUCAAUUCUUGCAAUCAUCUGUUUUGCCAUCUAUCACACCUUAUUCAUUUGAGUUUUGAGCAAUCUCCCUUACAAAUCACCAAUUCUCAAUAAUUCUCGUUUGCCCACGAACCGUUACAACGCCUACGUCAACCAUAGGACAAAACCUGCCAGCACCAUCUCUUCACAACCACCCAUUGCCUGGUUCUGACCUGCAAUGGAGCCGACAUGGUAGGACAUACGGCUGUUGCCCACAUUUUGAACGACAUGUGUGUUCAGCCGUAACAUUACAUCAUACUCAGGCAUAUGGCGUUGGUCUAUGCCCCUGAUCCGGGAACUCUCCCGGAUGAACAGUGGGAAGCCAUCUACCUUUCCUCUCGUGAUGCCUCUGCUGCUAUUCCCAUCAAUUUCAUCACCCAGCCCGGUGUCCAUCUCACACCAGCAUGUUUUGCCAAUGGCGUCUACGACGACAUCCCAGCUCAGACCUGUAUAUCCAAUCUUCUGGCUCUUCAAUUCCAUCGCUUUGUGGUCGACCUGUAUUGGGAUACUAUCAAUCGCCAGUUAAGUCUAUGUCCCGUCGAACUCCCCCCCCUCGCCGGCAAUGCUUCAAGUGGUCUCAGUGUCGAUGUCUCUGCCCUGAGUUCGCUCACAGCCACCACCACACCAGUCGCUCCAACAACUUCUCCCACCGGUGGAUCGCCAGUCAAACGGCAGACUGAAGAUUCCAGUCUAAGCACGACUACUCCCACUCCCAACAUGACCACAACCGCUACUUCCACCAUGCCCGCCUCCAUACCAACCACAACCGGAGUUGGCGGCAAUACACUUUUGGAGCUUGGCAACUAUAGGUGCAGCUUGGAUCUUAACCUGGACUCGAUCAUCUCUUUGCUCUCAUCAUUCUUUUCAAAUACAUCAGAUACCCUCUCAGUCCGCCUGUCCUACUUGGAUCUCAAUCUACACGCCGCUGCCCCCUUUACUGCUCCUGGGGAGCCUGCCGGCAAUGUGACUGGCCAAAAGCUUCCCAUCCUUGAAGAGUUGGCAGGAUCCCAGCUCUUGGCAGCAUUCCCGCGCGCACUAUUCACCCCGGAGCAAUUAGCCAAUGACAGGCUAGACUUGGGCCGAUCAUGGUACCGCAACUCGUUCAGUCAGAGCACAGACACAUCCUAUUUUGAAGAGCUUCGGGGCUUAAGAAACAACAAUUUCACCCUGGAUGGGUGGCCGGGCGAAGCGUGGUUACUCCUCUCUGACAAUCGGCGUCUGCUGGCCAGCUGGGGACACAUUGACCCUCAAAUGCAACUGUAUAAUUUUCAGGAGGAUGAUGCUAAUGUCUUCCCUCCCGGCUAUAUCAAUGCAGACACCAACAUCUCGGUGGCCGAUACGAAUUCCAUUGAAACUGGCUGCUUCUACCGACCCGACGAGUUUGAAGCGAGCCAGAUCAACUCCUCCUGGGCAACAGCGACUUUCCGCGAAUCAAUCCCAAACGCUUUGUCCGACACGAUCGGGAACUUGACGUCGUGCGGCAUCUCGUCAAUCUUGAAUUCAUCAUUGUCGGGAACCGUGACCCAGGAUAACCUAGCUCCUUAUAAGAGUUUCGCCGAGGCGACCAUCUUUGGCUGGGCGAGGGGUGAGCCUCGGAAUGUUUCGAGGCAGGGUGGUGGUCGCUCCGAUAAUACCAAUCGAUGUGCCAUUAUUGAUUCGACCAGUGGAUUCAACGGCCAUUGGAGAGUGGACAACUGCCAAAGCCGACAUCGAGUCGCUUGUCGACCUCAACGCCAACCCUAUGUCUGGAAUCUCUCGACCAUUUCAGUCCCAUUUGGGGCAGCCGCCGACGUUUGCCCAGAUGGGAGCGCAUUCCAGCUGCCACGCACCGGCUUGGAAAACACAUAUCUAUACCAACGAAUUCUGAGCGAGUCGAAUACCAGCAAUACGAAUGACGCGAACUCCAUGUUGGAAGGUGUUUGGAUCAACUUCAACUCGUUGGACAUUGCCAACUGUUGGACAUCAGGGGGUGCCAAUGCCACAUGCCCGUACGUAGACGAAAGUUCUGAGCAACGAGAACGUAACGUUUUGAUACCUUCAAUUGCAGCUUUGAUUGUUCUGUUACUUUCUGUGUUGACUCUGUUGGUCAAAUGCAAUGAAAACAGGAGGAACAGCCGAACGCGUCGUCGCGGAGAGAAUGGCUGGGACUAUGAAGGUGUUCCAUCUUGAGGUCACGGGCAUGGGCGUUGAAUGUAAUUCUCAUAUAUACCAUACAUAUUUUGAUGAGGGCAUUAUGAUAAUAGAUUCCCUGACCCGCCUGGAUGAGUUGGUUCUGGGGAUGUGGGUUCAGAAAA